AGUGUUACUACUCGGCGCGCCGCGGCUCGAGCAACAUGCAACCGAAGUUCCUCCUUUCACUCGUCGCCAUAUCAGCAUUGAGCGUGCUCAGCGGCCAAAAUGCUGCUGCACAAUCACCAAGCUGUGAAAUUACCGACGACUCCGGUAUUAUCUGUCCCGGGGACCUGAGUCUCUCACACAUCCAAGAGUUCCUGAAGAUUUUCCAUGCCGCCACUGGUCGCAAAAAAUUUAAAACACUCCGAAUCGACAGCAAUUCUAUCAUCCAAUACCUCCCGGCUGGGCUGCUGACCAACCUCCUCUUCUCUGAGAUCCGGAUAACGUCUUGCCCGAAGCUGAGUCGCGUAGAGGACAUCACGGGAGCCUCGAGUGCCACUCUGAAGGAAAUCUUCUUUUACGGCGCUGCUCUGACGGAGAUGCCGGCACUCACUGCACCGCACGUGACAAAGGUCACGAUCAUUCAGCCGACGACCAUGACAGUGAGUCGGUCUGCCCUUAGCGGCAUGAGGAGUCUUCAGGAAAUUCAUAUCGAGAGUGCUUCGGUCAAGCCGCUUGCCUUCUACGAUUUGAAGACUCUGCAGACGGUGAGGAUCACCAGCAUGCCGCUGGAGACGGUCCUGGCUCAGAGCUUCAGCUUCGAUUCGCCCGCGCUGAAGGAGGUGCUGCUUUUCAACGACGCUCACGGGUGGAAGGGACAGGCUCAGCCGGGAGCGUACCAAGGUUUCCCAACGGGAUCUCGCCUCAGAAUCAUUGAAUCCGAGACGAUCACCAAGGAAGUGUACAUCGGCGUGCUCACAGGCGGAGGCAUCUUGGAUAUACCUGAGCCAUACUAUUGCGACUGCCGUUUGGCUUGGCUGCGUUUGUCUCCGUGGGUGAAACAAGCCCGCGUCCGUUGCCACACAUCAACCCACCCAAACGACCUGGAGAACACCCCUGAGUCCGACUACAGCAACUGCAACUAGAACGAAGAUGAAUCUCCGUGGAAGCCUUUUGUAAUGCAAAGAAAAGUAGCCUUUUGUUUGCAUUACUUUGUGUUCGGUUGUUUGGUUUUCAUAAAGUUUGUUUUUUUUCUUGUAUCCAUUUUCUUUGCAUUGCCCCCUCCCCCUCCUGUCUAUUUUCCAACAUGGAAACUGAUCGAGCUUUGUCAUUGUAUGUUCAUAUCAGUUGUCCUUAUUAUAGAAUUAUGAUUUGUAUCCAUAUUCAAACUGAGAAACUUUGUUAAGCCAAUUCAAGUGUUAGUCUUGAUGUCUGCAACUUUCUGGAUUAACUCGAGAAAUAUUGGUGUAUUGCAUAACUUGCGCUGUUGCAGUUUCCUUAUAACAAGUUAUAGUGCAUUGUAUUGGUAUGUAUCAAUGCUUUCCAAGAUAAUAAAUUUUCAGUCAAAAAGA